AUGGUAGAUGGAACCCCUGUUGUUGGCGAAGUUGUUGUCCCGGAAGCUACUGUUUUGGCCGAUAAUUCUGCCCCUGCUGUUUGCGUUGAUACUGUUCCUGCUGUCGGCGAAGCUGCUGUCCCGAACGCUUCUGUUUUGGCCGAUAAUGCAGGUCCUUUAAAUGUUGUGCAGUAUGGAGCUGCUGCCCUUGAAAAUGAUCUUAACAGCAUCGCUCAAAUGUUAACCGAGGCAGGGCUGACAGGUUCCCAUGCGGACUUUGCUGUUUGGAAGCUACAAACGAAUGGAGUUUACACCGUAGCAUCAUGCUACCAUUUUCUGUGUAGUCAUUUUGUUCCUUUUGGUCCGGCUAAUCGAUAUGAUUCGGCUUUCAUAGAUAUUUGGAAGAUAGAUGUCCCUUUGAAAGUGAAGGCUUUUGGUUGGAGAUGCUUCAUCAACAAAGUUCCAACUAAGGAUUCUCUCUUGUUUAAAGGUAUCAUUGCUUAUACCUCGAACUUGGAUUGUGUUUUUUGUGCCGAUUGUAAUGAAUCUCUUCUUUACUCUUUUCUAUCUUGUCGGAAUGCCGGUAUUGUAUGGAGAGAGAUGGCCGAGUGGAUUGGGUUACCUUUUAAAAUCGGUUUAGAUUUCAAGGAGGGGUUUAUAUAUUGGAGCUCCUUUUGCCGGUCUAAGAAAGUCAAAAGUGCAAAAGUUGGUACCGUUUGGUUAGCUAUUUUAUGGAGCCUGUGGAUGCGUAGGAACGACAUAGUCUUUAACAACGGAUCGUGGAAUUCGAGGGAUGUAGUUUGGAGUUUUUCAAUCGGUCUGUAA